AUGUAUGUAUGUACUAAAAGCCGUAUUUAUCAUCAACAACAACAAACACCUUCCAGACAACCACAACAAAAUCAAAAUAAUGUCACGAAAGAAAUUAAUAAACCAAAAGGUCGAAUGUCAGCAUAUACAUUUUUUGUACAAACAUGUCGUGAUGAACAUCGAAAAAAACAUCCAAAUGAAAAUGUAAAUUUUACGGAAUUUUCUAAAAAAUGUGCUGAAAAAUGGAAGACGAUGAAUGAUGGUGAAAAGAAACGUUUCACUGAAUUAGCUGAAGUUGAUAAACAACGAUACGAACGAGAAAUGGCUGUAUAUAUGCCCGGUGAAAAAAGAAAAAAGAAGAAAAAAGAUCCAAAUGCUCCAAAACGUCCAUUAUCAGCAUUCUUUUGGUAUUGUAAAGAAGAACGACCAAAAUUAAAACACAUAAAUCCAAGUUUAUCUGUUGGAGAAAUAGCAAAAGAACUAGGAGAUAGAUGGAAUCAUACUCAACCAGAUGGAAAACAUCCAUAUGAAGAACAGGCUACAAGAGAUAAAGAACGUUAUGAAAAAGAAAUGGGUGAUUAUAAACAAGCCAAUAAAAAAACACGUCAAACACAUUCUCAUCAUUCACAACAACAGCAGUCUAAUCAACAUCAACAACAGCAACAACAACAACAACAACAACAACAGCAACAGCAACAAGUGCAACAACAACAACAAAUUCAUCAUCAUAAUCAAAAUUCGGCAAACUCAAAUCAAACGUCAAAUGAUAAUUCUCAACAACAGUAUACACAGCCGUACAGUAUGCAAACAUUUAAUCCGAUGCAAUCGUUUCAGCCUCAGGCAUUUGCCCCAAUGAACAAUUUUCAGGAUAAUGUUGGUGGUAUUACAUCGUUGUUUCCACAUUAUAAUGGUUAUCCGGUUCAGUUACAAAUGCCACAUAAUAAUUUACACGCUUUUAUUCAACAACAACAACAACAACAACAACAACAGAAUCAACAAAUGCAUUUACAACAGCAGAAUCAACAAUUACAGCAACAACAGCAGGCAUAUGCCAAUCAAAAUCAAAACAAUAAUCAAAAUAAUUCGGCAGUUAGUAGAAAUGAGGAUGAAGAUGAUGACGACGAUUUGGAUAGUGAGGAAGAUGACUAA